AUGUCCUUUUUUGGGUUUAAUCGACAUGCUUAUUUUGCUAAAGAUAUUCUAGAAAUAAGUUAUUUCGGAGUAUUCGGUGAGAGUGUUACACCGUCCUCUUUUAAAAAGACACCGUGUACAUGCAUAAAUGGGCGCUUGAGAAACUUGAAAAACCUGAACUCAAUCAUUUCAAUUAAUCAAAGAACUUUAGUUAUAAUGUGUAAUCAGAGCAGACAAGCACGCCGCGAAGAACGAUUACACCGUCGUGAAGAAAAAAAUCACCGUCGUCAAGAGAAACGCAGGCUCAAAGCUGAGAAACAUGCUAUACGCCAGGAGUUACGUAACCUCAGACGUAACAGCGAUCCGGCUGCGUUUCAUCUCCAUUCGAACGUAAUCUCUCCUUCUGGUCAAACUUUCAAUUGUUAUUAUCACUAUUGCUCGCAAAUGCCCGGCGUACAACAAACGACUCAAUUAAGGCCAGUUGAUCCGGUACAGGUGGAAGAGAUGGUUGCAACAUUGAGAACAAUGUUUCCGGAUUGUGACCCUCAAUAUAUAAGAAAUUGCCUUUCACAAGAGACAAGCGAUCAUGUCCAAAAAGUUGCAGAUAAAUUGUUGGAAUCAUCUUAUCCCAAGAUUAUUGUUACUUCAAAUGUUCCAUCGGCCCCUCAGAUGUCACUUAUGGACGAUGAAUUUGAAUCGGAACCACCUUCAUAUGAGGAGGCGAUGAUACAUCUGGAACCGACGGAGCCUCUAAAAAAAGAACGUCCAGCAUCCUGGGGCGGAUCUCCAAAUCAAGAGAUUACGAACAACGCCCACAUUCAUCCAUCACCAUCUUCCUCGACAUCCUCACAUAAUGACUCAAUUUCACCCACAUCUACCACUUCAGCAUCCUCUUCUACAUCCACAUCGAACUGUUCAUCUACCUCAAAAUUAGCAAGGCGCAUCUCGGGAUUGAAUCCAGUGACAGUACAACAAGCCUGUGAUACCUACUCAUCGACGCUUACCCGUUCACCUCCCGCUCACUUUGCUCAAUCCCCACCACCAAGUUUCAGACAACCUUUCACCAUCAUACCCAAAGAUGGCAGCACUAUCCAAAAAGGAUUUCCUGUUCACAGUUACCCAACACAGGCAUUGGGAUCACAUGACAUUUCACAAAAGGACUGGGAGGACUUUAUCAAGGGAUUAAACAUGUUGGUGGGCGUAUCAAGUUCCUCCGAUUCAUCGUCGAUAUUUGGCAGCAUAUCGACGAAUUUGAGGAUUAUGGUGAUGGGCAAUAGUGGUAGGCAAAUGGAAGAGUAUAUAGAAAUGAUAAACGAUUAUUUGGAGAGAUGGAAUGAUGGAUUCUUUAAGCUCAGAGGGGUGGAGUUAGAAUUUGUUAGCAAGAAGGCAUCAAAGAAUGGUGGGGUGAAUUUUUUUAAAAACAAAUCAGAGUACGUUCAAUAUUUGUUAAUUAAAGCAGCAUAA